CAGGCAGAGGAAGUGAUAAAAACCACCUGAAAGAAGAAACAGAGGCACGGGUGGAAUUGUCCACAGCUGCAUGUCCACUGCCACACAGCCUUGCUCUUUGAUCUCAAGACUUUUGCUUGGAAGAGAAUUGGAUUUGAGCACUUUCUGGGGAACAUACUCCAGACUUCCCUGGCAUGCCUCAGCCCUGGCUGGUGACACUUAGCUGCCUUGCAGUCUCUCUCCUCCUCCCCUCAGCUUUUGGCAUUCGAAGAAGAGAAGCCUGCAACUGCAAUGGGAAAUCCAGGCUGUGCAUGUUCGACAAUGAGCUACACAGACGAACUGGAAAUGGAUACCGGUGUCUCAACUGUGUCGACAACACAGAGGGAGACAACUGUGAGCAGUGUAAGGAGGGCUUCUAUCGCCAGCGUCAUCAAAAUCAUUGUGUGCCCUGCAGUUGCAGUCCCACAGGUUCUAUCAGUGUAUACUGUGAUAACCAUGGACGGUGCCACUGCAAACCUGGUGUGACAGGUGAUAAAUGUGACCGUUGCCAGCACAAUUUCCAUUCCUUCUCAGAAUCUGGCUGCACAGCUGCUGAGCAAAUACAGGUCUCCCGGUGUGGUUGUGAUCCAGCUGGUAGCACAGGGCAAUGUAUUUCAGGACGUUGUAUCUGCAAAGCAGCGGCUGCCGGAGAUCGAUGUGACAGUUGCAAGCAAGGCUAUUAUAACCUAGAUGCAGGAAAUCCGGAGGGUUGCUCUCAGUGCUUCUGUUAUGGACACUCAACGAAAUGCUCCAGCGCAGAAAAUUAUAGCAUCCAUAAAAUCACCUCUACCUUUCAGCAAGGUGAUGAGGGCUGGCAGGCUCAAGGAAACAGAUCCCCUUUGCAGCUCCAGUGGUCUUCACAUCAUAAAGAAGUUUAUGUGUCAGCAAGAAGGCCAGAUCCUGUCUACUUUGUGGCUCCAGCCAGGUUCCUUGGAAACCAGCAACUGAGUUAUGGCCAGAAGCUGUCAUUUGAUUAUCGCGUGAACCGACCUGGGCGUCAUCCUUCACAGCAUGAUGUAGUCUUGGAAGGAGCUGGUUUGAAAGUCACUGCCCCUCUCAUGCCUAAUGGGAGGAUGCUGCCUUGUAGAGCCAGCAAGACUUACACAUUCAGGUUGGAUGAGCACCCAAGUAGCAACUGGAGCCCUAGGCUGCGCGGCGUAGAGUAUCGUCGGUUAAUUGGGAACCUGACAGCUCUUCGGAUCAGAGCCACUUAUGGAGAAAGCACAGGGUACCUCAGUAAUGUCGUUUUGGUUUCGGCGCAGCAAACCUCUGGCACUCCAGCACCCUGGGUGGAGAAAUGUGUAUGUCCAGUUGGAUACCAGGGCCAGUUCUGUGAGAAAUGUGCCCCAGGGUACAAGAGAGAGGAUUUUGCUAGACUCGGGGCUCUUAGCAACUGUGUGCUCUGCAACUGCCAAGGAGGAGGAAUCUGUGACCCAGAUACUGGAGAAUGCUAUUCUGGAGAUGAAAACAGGGAGCACAUAAGUGCUGCCUGCCCGACUGGCUUUUACCGUUCCCCUUGGAACCCACAGAGCUGCCAGCCAUGCCCAUGUCGAAGUGGUCAGGGCUGCUCGGUGCUGCCAGGGACACAGGAAGUUGUUUGCAAUAACUGCCUUCCAGGAGCUGGUGGCUCUCGCUGUGAGUUUUGUACUGAUGGCUAUUUUGGAGACCCCUUGGGUCAGAACAGCCAAGCACGUCCCUGUCAACCAUGCCAGUGUAGCAGUGUUGACCCAAAUGCUUCUGGGAUUUGCAACCACUUGACAGGGGAAUGCAAGUGCAAGGAUGGAUUCUUUGGAAAUCCUUUAUCCCCCAACCCAGCAGAGAAGUGCCGAGCUUGCAAUUGCAAUUCUGUGGGUUCUGAGCCUCUGCGGUGUCACAGUGAUGGGAGCUGCAUUUGUAAGCCAGGAUUCGAAGGGCAGAGCUGUGAACACACCCGUUGUCCAGCCUGCUAUAGUCAAGUGAAGACUCAGGUAGAUCAGUACCUCCAGCAACUGCAGGGACUGGAAAUGCUUGUAUCUCAGGUGCAGACCAGUGGAGAGCCAGGAAAUAAUGCAGAGCUGGAGAGGAAGAUGAGGGAGGCUGAGAAGAUGCUCCAGCAAGUCCUGAGAGAAGCCCAGAGUUUACAAGAUUCUGACAGGUCCUUGGGGAUCCGCCUGUCUAAGAUGAAAGCUCAAGAGUUCACCUACCAGAGUCGCUUGGAUGAGAUCAAUGAGACAGCCAACAGGUUGCAGUCUUUGGGCAGUCAGUACCAGAGCCAAGUACAAGAUGCCAGGAGGCUUGUUGCGAGAGCUCGUUUGGAUUUGGAGCAAAGCAAAGCAAAGAUGGGAGGCAUGGUUAUUCCAUCUUCAGACCUCCUUGGAGGGUCAAACCAUUUUUUAAUCCUGGCUCAAGAAGCCAUGAAGUUGGCAAACAGCCACAUGCAGCUGGCAGAUACUAUCGAGCAAGCAGCCAGGGCAGCAGCAGAAGCCUCAAAGCAGGCGCUGGGAUUGCUGCAGUCAUCUGCGAGUGGAGGAGGCAUCCUGGUGAACUCUGUGCAAGGGCUCCACAAAAAAUAUGAAGAGAUAAAAUUACUCUCAAGAGAACUGGAUGCUGAUGCUGGCAGGGCUGUGUCUGAAGCUGACAGGGCUUAUCAGGGUAGCCAGACAGUGCUUGAUUCUCUGGCUCGCUUACCAAAGGUGGACACCACAUUUUUUCAGGGGGAGGCCAAUCAGCUCCGACAGAAAGCAGAUUCUUUAAGUGGCUUGGUGGAAACGUACAUGGCAGAGUACAAGCAGCUACAAAGCAACACAAAGAAUUGGGAGGAAGAGGCCAAAGAGUUCUUGCAAAAAGGACAGAAUGACAGGCUGGUGUCAGUCCAACUGUUGUCUCGUGCCAACCUUGCCAAGAGUAAGGCUCAGCAGGCAUUGAGGGCUGGCAAUACCACUUUUGAUGAAGUUGAUGGCAUCUUGAAAAAUCUGAGGGAAUUUAAUCUUCAAGUAGGCGACAAGCAAAAAGAAGCUGAAGAUGCUAUGCGGAGGCUUCCUCUCAUCAGCAGCACGGUCGCCAGUGCCAAUGAAAAGACGGGGCGAGCAGAAGGAGCCCUGGGCACUGUCACUCUAGAAGCACAGGCUGCCAGGAAAAUGGCUGGGGAAGCAACGGAGAUUGUUGUGGGCAUUGAUCAGGAGAUAGGAAGGUUGGCCUUGGAAGCAAAUAGGACAACAGAUGGAGUGCUAGCCCUGGAGAAGGGGAUCGUUUCUUUGAGGAAUGAGGCUAGAGAUGUGGAGAGUGAGUUUCAAAGGAAAGCACUGGAGAUUGACACAGAUGCAACUAUGGCUCAGGAAGCUGUUCAGGCAUCCCAGCAAGCCAGGACAGAUGCUGUUGGUGCUGAGGGUGCUGUCCAAGAAAUGCUCAGUGCCCUGGAAGAUCUUUUGCGCAUGAUGGACCAACCUGAGGCUGCGGAUGAGCAAGGUGUGAACAUGCUUGAAAUGAAUCUCAAUAAAGCUAGAACAAGAAACAGCGAGUUGAAAGAACUGACGCUGCAACUGGAGGAAACAGCCAGCCGGCAGAAACUUCGGAUCCAGACGCUGGAAAGGAGCAUCACUGAGAUCCUUGCAGAUAUCAGGAACCUGGAGGAGAUCCGGGAUAGUCUCCCCCCAAAGUGUUACAAUGUACAACCCAUUGAGAGACCUUGAAGCCUUUAGGGGCUGAGAGAGCAGACUUCCAUGUACUCUGUUUGCCCGGUCUUGGACCUAGCAGCGUUGGAGUUAGCCAAAUGGUUUGGGGGUGAUACAAUAGAUCCAAUCCUCCUAGGACUGGCCACAUGUGACUGCUGAAUGAUCUAUUCCACUCAUCAGGCUGGAAUAACAGUUGCAUCGCCUGAUGCAGCCAUUACCUUUUGAUGCAUCAAACAAUGAAAGAAUGUGUUCUAGUUGUCCCACUCCUGGGGAGUGAGAGGGAAAUGUGCAGGCUGCAUGACAAACAAGCUAGCUAUAAAGAAACUAGUCUGUGACAGAUAUGAUUAUUGGGGAAUAUAUUAGGAGAAGACAGUCAGGUAGGUGCCCUGGUUUAAUUUGGGGACGCAGUCCAAAAUCUGAGGCCAGCAGCUGAAUCUGAACUCCCCAUUAUGUUUCCUCCAUCCUGGCCUGAUUUGAUGUAACAAGAUGGAAGUUAUACCCUGUUAAAUUAGCUAUGCUAUGCUAUCAACUUUUUAUUACCGUGAAUUACUCUUCCCUCUCCCUCUUGCCUUUAUAAUCCCACAAGGUGCUUUUCCUUCAGAAAAGCUUUAACAUCUCUGAUUUUUGUUUAUAUUAAGGAUGGGAUAAAUUUGGGACUCUAAAAGCAUACAGGCCUAAACUGGUUUAAUAGCAUUACCUCAUCCCAGGGAUUCUGGGAAUGUCGAUCAGUGAGGGGUGCUAUAUAUAUCUGACAGAGAAUUCUAAAUACUUUAAUCAAUAUUAUAAUUCCCAGAGUCCUUCAGAGUGGAAGCGGGGAAGCCUUGACAGUUGUUUGUAUAAAAGAAAUAUAAGUUUGUAGAAACAGGCCUGCCUGCAGUAGGUAUAGUGGUGAUUUAAUGUAUUUUUCCUUCAUUUUCCUCCCAUUUUGCCAUUGAAUAUGGGGAUGUGUCUGGUGGAUUGUCUGGAAUAAGCUCAGGAGUGCUUUGGUAACUUCAGGUGGCUUCAUACUGAGAACCACAUACCAGGCCUUAGGUUAUGGCUUAGCUUAAUUGCCUUACAGUGCAAUCCUAUGGAUGUCUACUCAGAAGAAAAUCCCAUUGAAUUCAAUACAAUUUACUUCUAGGUAAGUGGAUCUAGGAUUGUGUCCUAAGCUUCCUGUUUCAAAUUAGCAUCACAUUCUAGGGAGGGAUGGGACUUCUUGCUAGAGACAGACAAAAUCCCUCAGAAUUAUUCUGUUGGUUUUCAUAGCAUCUGUUUCCAUUUUAUAACUGUUUCAAAUUAUCAUUCCAAGCUGUAUUUUAAAAAGGUGAAAUAUGCCCUUGUCUUCAAACAUUUCUUCAUACACAGACAUCAUGGUGCUAAAUAUUAAGUAUUAAUAUUAAAAUUUAUUAAUAUUAAAUAUUAAGGGCUACAAUAGACAACAAAUCCCCAUGGUUUGAGAAGGCUGUUUAUUUCUUUAAUUUCAUUUCUCAUUCUGGAAACUUCUCAUCUAUUUGCAGUGUAAAACAACCUGUUAAGGAAGAAAUUAACUUGAACUUUGGAUAAAAGCAGUGAAAGCGUGCCCUAGCCAUUGAGGGAUCCUGGUCAAGGCCUUGAUUCUGUUAACAUAUCUCACCCAUUCUACCACUGUUACCUAAUGACAACUUCUUUACUAGGUCCCAGAGAUGGAUGAAAUAAAGUUCUUUGUAGUUGUUAGGCAACCAUGAGCUGGGCUUCCCUGCAACUUCACUGUCAAUCCAGAAGAGGGUUGGGGCCUUGUCCUGUGGUUUAUCAGGCAAUGACCUUGUUCUAGCAAACUCUCUCCCACCAGGGUUUGGAACCAGCUUUUGAUGCAAUAUGGGGGAGCUACUGUAUUAAAGAAAUAAAAGUAUG